GGGAGCGGCCGCCGCCUCCGCGGGCGCAGCUCCGUCGCCGCGCUGCGACAGUAGUUGGCCCGGCGGCCGCCAGAGGCGCUGCAGGUCUGCGGCGCUCGCGGCCCGGCCGUCCGCGCGAGGAACGGCGCCUGCCAGUGCCGCCGGCGAAUCGUGUAGCGCGUGACCGCCGCGGGGCAGAGCCGCCGCAGCCCGAGGGCCAACUGUGAGAGGUGUGAGCUGACGGAGCAUGAGCUGUGGCCCCCGCUGAGUUAACCAGCCGCCGCCGCCGCCAUGCCGCCCCAGCCACCCGUCCGGCUCGCCGGCCUGCUGCUGGUGACGUCACUGGUCCCCGCCUGCGUGGCGCUGGUGAUGAAUGACGUCAUCGUUCCGCCGUACGUCGUGCGAGGUCACACGGGUCACCUGCGCUGCGACUACAGCGCCCAGGACGAGCAGAUCUACUCGGUCAAGUGGUACAAAAACUCGCGCGAGUUUUACCGAUACAAGCCGGGCUCGCUGCAGCCAGUCAUCACAUUCCCCGUGGAUGGAUUCGUCGUCAAUACGGCGCAGUCCAACGAGCACGACCUCUACCUGAACCAGGUGGACCUGGACGCGGCCGGAUCGUACCGCUGCGAGGUCACCUCCGGUGCGCCCUUCUUCUGGACCGUGCAGAAGGCAAAGGACGUGCAGGUAGUCGACCUGCCGGACGCUGUACCGUCGAUCCGUGGCCACCUGCCCAGCUACCGUGUGGGCGAGGUGAUGAAGCUCAACUGCUCCUCGUACCGGUCGUACCCGCCGGUCAAGCUGCACUGGUACGUCAACGAGGAGCCCGUAAGUAGGGUACGUGACGCGACACGCACGGUUUCGUUCCGCUCUGGUUUGGUUCGCGUUGUGAGACGUCUCCAAGAUCAGGCGAACGACUCCGGCUACCGGGACAGCUUGGAGUUACGGGGGCAGGGGAUUAACUGGAUUGUAAUAUUUUAGUAGUGGGGGCUAACG